UUCUAUAAGGGUAUGGCUGGCUCCCAGGUGACCCUGUCCAGCCUGGUGAACCAGAGCAGAGCCGUGCUGGAGGAACAGGCCCGCCACCUGCUGACGGAGACAGAGAGGCAGACCAUGGGCUACUACGUGGAGGAGUACCGAGACGGACACAUAGAGGUGGAGCAGCUGGUCUUGGCCCUGUUUGAACUGCUCAACACACAUGCCAAGUUCGCCCUGCUAUCAGAGGUGCGUGGCCUGGUAACUCCCCAGGAUCUGGAGCGUUUCGAUGGGAUGGUGCUGCGCCGCGGGAUCCAGGCUUUGGAGGCUCGGCAGGGGUGUGCCAGUGCAGCCGCCCUCCACUCUGACUCCAUCUCUAUGGUCUCCUAUCCAGAUACCCCGGCCUCCUCGUCAGCCAGCUACAUGACCUCCACCACCCUCAGCUCUGCACGGAAUGACAGUAUGGUGGACAGUAAUGGGGAGGAGUCUCAAGAGAGUCUGGAUGUACUGCCUGACGUCUCUCUGGAUGAGGUGCAUUCCACAUCCGAAUCUCCCCCCACCUUCAAACCCCCAUCCCCUCCAGGGCUGCAGAGGCAUCCCAGCAGACGAGACCAGGUCAAAAAACGCCCUUCCUCCAAAUCCUCCUAUUCUGGACUCUACUUCACCGCCCCUGCCCAUAACCCACCCAAGGACCAGAGGGGGGACCGAGGGUCCCCCUCCUCACCCAAGGUCCCCCUCCAAAAGGAUUUCUCCGUCCCCCAUAAGAGGGACCCCUCUGUCCCCCAUAAGAAGGAGAUGGCAACUGCCAAGUUUUCCAUGGUCAACAAGCACGCCAUAGGCCCCUUCCCUAGAGUCCAGUCCCCUACUAAGACCACCAAACCUGCCGCCCCCUCCUCAUAUCUACCACCUCCCCAUCCACUCCCUGCCCCAUCCACACCCCCUCCCCUUCCACACAGCCCGGACAAGGCCUCCUCUGGCUUCAACAAACAGCACUUUGUCAUGGUGGAGGUCCACAGACCCAAUGCAGAGUCUGGCGUCAACGAGGUGCGGUCCCUGCCCCAGUCACGAGGUGCCACCCUGUCCCAGCUGUCAGACAGUGGACAGACACUGAGCGAGGACAGCGGGGUGGACAUUAGCGAGUCGGGGCGAGUCAGCAGGGAAAGCAGUCCAAACAUACGCCCCCCACGAGACCCCCAGGGGGCAGGAGGGGACAGCACCUCCAAACCGCCGGGUCUCUUGGAGCCCACCUCCACACUGGUGAGGGUGGCAAAGAGUGCCAGUACCCUGGGCAUCGCCAUCGAAGGGGGUGCCAACACUCGCCAGCCCCUGCCACGCAUCGUCACCAUACAGAAGGGCGGUUCGGCAGACAACUGCGGGCAGCUGCAGGUGGGUCAGGUAAUCCUGGAGGUAAACGGGGUUUCCCUGAGGGGCCGGGAGCACAGGGACGCAGCGCGCCUCAUCGCUGAGGCUUUCAAGACCAAAGAGAGAGAACACGUGGACUUCCUGGUCACGGAGUUCAACGUGGCACUGUAGGAGGAAGUAAAGGAAGAAGAGAAGGAGAGAGAG